UUUUUUAUUUUGACAUGCAGGAGUCAUACUUUGCGGUAUGUCUCCCAUGAAUACCUAAAGAGUUUCGAUGAUCGGACACACUAUAUGUGCUAUAAUUUGGUUAUUAGUACAAGAAUAGUGUAGUCAGUUCUUUUGUUGAAACACUGAUCUUAUCUGGCCGAGCUACGGUCGCCAAAAAAGGUGGAGCUAAGUUGUCAAGGCUCUUCGACCCACAGCGAAUUGACAUAUAGAAAAAAAACACUGAUCAUUAUUAUUAUCAUACUCCAAACCGAAUUACAACCUGAAUUUUUUGUCUAUUAUAGUGCUAAGCAAUAAAUGUAAAAUUAAAAGUUAUAAAGUGUGAGUGAAGUAAAAGUGAGUACUCGGUUCGAAGUGCAGUGCGUGGUCAUAUUUCUACAGUUGUUUCAUUAUUUUAUAGAAGUUACCAGCCUUCUGAGUAUACUCACCCACAAUUAAUAUUUCAUAAGGAACUGAAACUAGACCCUUAAAGAAUUUUUAUUGGAGCACCCAAAGCGUACAGUAUUCAUAAUCCUACUAAUUCAACUGGUCUAGUAUAUAAGUGUAAAUUGCAGCUUAAUGUGAAAAAUGCCACGUGUAAGUCUUUUGGACUAGCCAAUGAGGACCCAGACCUUAUUUUCAGAAGAUUCUCGGUCUACUCCGAUUUCUUUAAAAAUGAUAUGUGGUUCGGAUCGACAAUUGCUGUGGUACCUGGUGGAAAGUUUUUGAUGUGUGCACCGAGAUAUUCGACUCCUUACAAAAACACUCACUUGUUAAUGAACGGUGGUUGUUACGUACAAGGACAGAAAAGAGGCAAUACCCUUCUGCCUUUAAAAGAAAUGAACAGACAAGCCUUUAUGACUGACGGGUCCAGACAGGAGUUCGGAGAGUACGGCACUCACCUCAAUUUCUACGCGUAUGGUCAAGCAGGCAUGUCCAUCAAGGUAACCGAGAAUAAUACUGUCAUUAUUGGAGCACCCGGACUAUUACAGUGGACAGGAGGAAUAAUAGAAUACAAGUUUUAUCCGGACACUGUGCCAACCAGUAGUUUAUUCUUCAGUAAACAACCCGUGACAAAUCCAUACUACACAAAGGAACUUGGACCAGAUGAUUACCUAGGGUACAGUGUGGAAUCUGGUGUUUUCGAAGCGAAUGGGAAAACUUUGUACAUUGCAGGUGCACCACGAUCUAAAUCAGGAUUUGGACAAGUACUGAUAUUCGAGCCGUCUUUUAAAGAGCUAGAUCCAAUAGAGAUCAAAGCGAAACUCGUUGGAGAUCAACUGGGCUCGUACUUCGGAGCAACAUUAUGCUGCACAGAUAUCAAUGGUGACGGGGUCACUGACCUUCUUGUCGGUGCACCAAACUAUGUACAUAAGAACGACACCAUCACAUAUGACCAGGGCGCUGUUUUUGUUUACUUGACUCAACAACGGUUUCAGGAUAGCUUUACAUUAAAAGCUGUCGGAUUUGUCCGUGGUUCAAGUGAAAGUGGAGCACAUUUUGGCCUUACAAUUGCUGACCUUGGAGAUGUAGACGGAGAUGGCUAUUCAGACGUGGCCAUUGGCGCUCCGUGGGAAGACAAUGGAUCCGGUGCUGUGUACAUUUAUAGAGGAAGUAAAACUGGUUUAAAUAGUAAAUAUAUACAAAGAAUCCAGGUUGCAGGCGCAAAAACCUUUGGAGGUUCGAUUUCUAAGGGUGUAGAUAUUGAUAAUAAUAAUUGUAACGAUUUAGCAGUAGGAGCAUACAAAUCCAAUACAGCAUAUGUGUUCAGAUGUAUACCAACCGUGCAUGUUGAAGUUAGUAUAAUUGUGCCAGACGCGAUGAAUCUUCAGCCAAAUGCGACAAACUUCACGGCGCAGUUUUGCAUUAAAUCCACUGAAAAGAUCAUGUGGUCCCAUGUCAAAUUAGAUCUGAAAGCAACCGUGGAGGUAGACAGUGAAGGAAACCGCGCUAUGCUUGACGGUGAUCCUGUGUAUAGCGUGUCUAUUAAGCCUGGAAACGAGAUGUGUGAAGAACAAAUUGUGAAAGUACACCCGACGGCCGAUCUAUCAAAUCCCAUUUCAAUGAAAUUCAAUUUGGCGCCUAGCGAAACCUUUCAAGACAGUAAAAGCUUUCCCUCACACGCUGCCCGCCUGUCAGACGAUUCGAUAUUAAGCACUUCAUUUGAUAUCCAAUUAACUAGGGACUGUGGAGACGACCUCAUUUGUAGGCCUUUGUUACAUAUGACUCUAGAAUCAUUGGACAGUCCUUACAUACCGGGCACAAACCAUCGUUUAGGCUUAAAAAUUAACAUCAUGAACAAGGAGGAAGCCUCUUAUGGUGCAUCAAUACACUUAACCGUUCCAUCAUCGCCAAAACGGCUGCCAAGCGUUUGCUCUCUCGACAACUAUAAUGUUACGUGUAGAUUGCCCUCCCCCUUUUAUAGGGGGGAGUCGGUUGAAUGGGAAAUAGAAGUGGAAUACACUCAGACAGAAGAUAAUAAUAAGGAAAUACCAAUAGAAGUUGAGUUGCACGUACCCUUUUACCGAGGCACUGACAUGGAAAAAGUUGUGAAGCAACUAACGAUAUUUGUAACUCCAAAAGCAAGUUUUUCUAUCAGCGGGAAACCGUUGCCAAAUGCGACGAUCUCUGUAUCAAGAGAUAAGUUUAAUGACCGUGACAGAAUUCACUUCGUUCACAAUUUUGAGGUUAUAAAUUUGGGCCCAUCUGAUUGUUUCAAUUUGUCUGCGCAGCUUCUCAUACCGGACAAGGUGAACAUAUCCAAUAAGAUAAAAGGAUGCUCUGAGGGGCCCGUGAUCGAGUGCUCGUGGUCCAUUCCCGCCAAAGUUUCUCUACCCGUCCUUGUACCCUUGUACAUUGACUUGGACAGAUUUGGUAAUUUUUUAGAAGAGAAUCCUAUUUAUAAUAUAACGACAAGUCUUAUGCUAGUGGAUGAGAUAAAUAGAAUGUUAAAUAUAACGACAACUCUAUCAUUGGAGCCUUCACAGCCCAUGUGGCCUGUGAUAGUAGGUUGUAUUGCAGGGAUACUGCUGCUAGCUGUUAUAGUAUUCGUUAUGUAUAAGUAUGGAUUCUUUUCCCGCCAACGUCGCGAAGACUUAAAACGACUUCAAGAGCAAUGUCAAUCAGAAGCAAGCACUUCUAUGCCCGAUAUCAACUUCGCUGCAGAAGAAUCCACCGCGGAGCUAUUGUCAGACUCAGAAUAGCAAAAUUAAGCCAUAGAUUAGAAACUAGUACAGUACCACCAAAGAUAAUACUGUAAAAUGACCUUUGGUACCUCCGCAACUCUAUUUAAAAAUAGGCACUACGGUAUAUUUUGUCAAUUUUCAAGAGUCAUAUUAAUCCUUGAUAAUUAUUACGCCUUCAAGUUGUAAACUAAUACGAGAUACGUGA